AUGUGGUCUCUGUCUGGUCGCAUUGUUGGUGGAGUCUGGUGGUUCUUCACCCUCAUCAUCAUCUCAUCCUAUACUGCCAACUUGGCUGCCUUCCUGACAGUGGAGAGGAUGGUGUCUCCUAUAGAGAGCGCUGAGGACCUGGCUAAGCAGACAGAGAUUGCCUAUGGAACAUUAGAUGCAGGUUCCACCAAAGAGUUCUUCAGGAGAUCAAAAAUCGCUGUGUUCGAGAAGAUGUGGUCCUACAUGAAGGCGGCUGACCCGUCCGUGUUCGUCAAAACAACGGACGAGGGGGUGAUGAGAGUCAGGAAGUCCAAGGGCAAGUAUGCCUACCUGCUGGAGUCCACAAUGAACGAGUACAUAGAGCAGAGGAAGCCCUGCGACACCAUGAAGGUGGGGGGUAACCUGGACUCCAAAGGUUAUGGGAUUGCUACGCCUAAGGGCUCCCCUCUCAGAAACCCAGUAAACCUGGCAGUGUUAAAACUGAACGAGCAGGGCCUCUUGGACAAAUUGAAAAACAAGUGGUGGUACGACAAGGGAGAGUGCGGCAGCGGGGGCGGGGACUCCAAGGACAAGACAAGCGCUCUAAGUCUCAGCAACGUGGCAGGAGUUUUCUACAUUCUGAUCGGAGGCCUGGGCCUGGCCAUGCUGGUGGCGCUGGUGGAGUUCUGCUACAAGUCCAGGACCGAGUCGCGCCGAAUGAAGCAAUCCAUCAACGACGCCAUGCGUUGCUCCACCUUGACCAGGAUGAGUGGCAAUGGAAGCGGAGGAGAGAACGGACGAAUCCUCACCCAUGACUUCCCCAAGACGGUUCAGACGCUGCCCUGUAUGAGCCACACCGCCAGCAUGGGACUGGGCGCCUCAGGCAUGUGACCACCAACGAACCGUGCUGGCAGCGAUGGACUGGCAGAAGAGGAGCACAAGACUCUGAUAACCUCAAAAAUCAUGGCUGUCUGGUUUGACUAAUCUACUCUCCUGGCUGACAGUGUGCCCAACAAGAAAAAGACUUAAAUUUACUGCCAAAAUGCACUAUCGAACCACUCCUGAAAAACAGAGACUCCAUUUUUUUUUUAACAAAUGGAUGUUUAAAAAGAGAUUUAGAAAAAAGAAAAGAAGGGAUAUGUGUUGCAAUAAAUAAGCCGUCAA